UUACCAAAGCUAUCUCGUAAAAAAUAGUGAAAACAAAACAUCGCUUUUUUCGUCUUAAUUCAAAAUUUGGCAUAAGGUUAGCACUGUGGUCAGGGUUAAGGUUAGGUUUAAAAUCAGAUUGUAAAACAAUACAUUGUCGAAAUGGGCGGUGGUUAAGCCUAAAUGGAAGAUGACAAUAUAUUUUCGACCUCGGGUUUACCAUAAUUAUGAAUUUGUGGCUGUGGUAAAUAGUGACGACACCAACAUAACGAGGCCCCAUUGGGAAGCAACAAACCGGCUUUGAGUAGAGCUCGAGCUCAACAACGUCAGGGCUGACGACAAAUUAAAUAGGUGAGAGAUAACGUGCAGACAGAACGGCACUUGGGGUCCUAAAUAGACACCGCGGGAAAAAUGGCGGACGACCCCAACGCAGCAGACCGGAACGUGGAGAUAUGGAAGAUAAAGAAGUUGAUCAAAAGUCUGGAAGCUGCUCGGGGGAAUGGUACGAGUAUGAUCUCCUUGAUUAUCCCUCCAAAGGAUCAGAUCUCCAGAGUGGCCAAGAUGUUGGCUGAUGAGUUUGGCACUGCAUCCAAUAUUAAAAGCAGAGUCAACAGGCUCUCUGUGCUCGGAGCCAUCACCUCUGUACAGCAGAGACUCAAACUCUACAAUAAAGUGCCUCCCAACGGCUUAGUUGUAUACUGUGGCACCAUUGUGACGGACGAGGGCAAAGAGAAAAAAGUCAAUAUUGACUUUGAGCCUUUUAAACCCAUCAACACUUCUCUGUAUCUCUGUGACAACAAGUUCCACACAGAGGCUCUUACAGCCUUGCUGUCAGAUGACAGCAAGUUUGGUUUUAUUGUGAUUGAUGGAAGUGGCGCCCUCUUCGGAACCCUGCAGGGAAACACCAGGGAAGUGCUGCACAAGUUCACUGUGGACCUACCCAAGAAGCACGGCAGAGGAGGGCAGUCUGCCUUGCGUUUUGCUCGUUUGAGGAUGGAGAAGAGGCACAACUAUGUCCGAAAGGUGGCGGAGACGGCAGUCACGCUUUUUGUUUCCAACGACAAGGUCAACGUAGCAGGCAUGGUCUUGGCUGGUUCAGCUGACUUCAAGACGGAGCUCAGCCAGUCCGAUAUGUUUGACCCGAGGCUACAAGCAAAGAUCCUGAAGCUGGUUGACAUAUCAUAUGGUGGGGAGAAUGGGUUCAACCAGGCCAUUGAGCUGUCUGCAGAAGUGCUUUCCAAUGUUAAAUUCAUUCAGGAGAAGAAACUUAUAGGACGAUACUUUGAUGAGAUCAGCCAGGAUACAGGGAAAUACUGCUUUGGGGUGGAAGACACACUGAAAGCACUGGAAAUGGGUGCUGUUGAGAUUCUGAUUGUCUAUGAGAACCUGGAUACCAUGAGAUACAUCCUGAGAUGCCACGGAGCAGAGGGACUUGCUAUGGUGGAGAAGGGUACAGAUGAGAAAACGUUGUAUUUGACACCAGAGCAGGAGAAAGACAAGUCUCACUUCACAGACAAAGAGACUGGGCAGGAGCAUGAGCUGAUCGAGAGCAUGCCGUUACUUGAAUGGUUCGCCAACAGCUAUAAGAAGUUUGGAGCCUGUCUGGAGAUUGUCACUGACAAGAGCCAAGAAGGAUCCCAGUUUGUCAAGGGCUUUGGUGGAAUUGGUGGGAUCUUGCGGUACAGGGUGGAUUUCCAGGCCAUAGAGUACCAAGGAGAAGAUGAUGAGUUAUUUGAUUUGGAUGACUACUAGGUAGUUGAGACUGACAAGAAAUGAAUCAAUUGAAAGGCUUUCCCUGAUUUGACCGAGAGACUGGUGGAAGGAAAGCAAGUAGUCAGGAGGGAGACCCAGACCUUCAAAUAAAAGACAUGGAUGUGAUGCCGUAUAUCAACGUUUCCCUGACUUGAAGCAGUGACUCAUCACCUGGCUGGAUGGAGCUAGUCUUGGUUUGUUCCUCUCCACUCUGUUAAUGACUGAUUCAAAGUGACUGACAGCAAGGCCACACUCCUCCUGUCUACUUGGCCUUCUCUAGGCCACACUGAUAGGUUAUACAAAUCUAUUUUUGUCAUCACUCCCCACUUUCUUCUUCCAACUCAAUUUCCCUUUAUUUUUUAACAUUUUUACUGGUACCAGCGGCUGUUGUGUUUUGAGAUUUUGAUUCUGAUUAUUUUGUUUUCCUUUUUAAAAUCAAAUUUAUGUAGAGGGCAAGGAAAUAAUGAUUAAAUUGGAGCUGCUUUACUAUCCCAUACCCAG